GCAAAACGAAAACAUGGGCCUGCUUAUUAAAAGUGUAUUGAAAACUUCAAGACCACAACCAUAGAGCAUGAAACCAGUUAGGGCCCUCCUCAACACGGGGCCUGUGUGACUGCAGGCUGCAAGUCCGUGAAGGUGAACCUUUUGGUUUGCAAAGUUUGGGAAGUAUCAUUUUCAUCCCAUAAAUCCCCAGAUCUCCCACAGUGUCCCCUGCCCUGUCCUGGGGGCUCCCAACUUGCUCUGUGUCGUUGCCCCUCUUGCUGUUGUGUGUGUGCUGCAGCAUUUCACAGGUCUGUGACUCUCUCUUCUCUUUGCUCUGCAGUUGCUGAUGCAAGGAAUUCCCUGGGCCCUCGUCCACUCCACUGCUGACCAGCCCACCCACCUGUGCUGAGCCUUCCUGCAGGCCUUCCCCCUGCCUCUGGGAUCCUGUGACGUGGGGGUCCAUCCGGUCGGAGAAGAAAACCCUCUCAUGCUAGCAUUGCAGACCCCAGAGGGUGAGAAAAAGAGGGACCUUUUGCAGGCUUAAGACAUAUGGGCUCAGCCCCAAGGCACCGGGAAUCCCUCCUCCCCAGAGAAUCAAGCCUUUUCUCCCCUCGGUCCGGUGUGGGUGCUGAGAUGGCCAAUGAGAAUCACGGCAGCCCCCGGGAAGAAGCGUCCCUGCUGAGUCACUCCCCAGGCACCUCCAAUCAGAGCCAGCCCUGUUCUCCAAAGCCCAUCCGUCUGGUGCAGGACCUCCCAGAGGAGCUGGUGCAUGCGGGUUGGGAGAAGUGCUGGAGCCGGAGGGAGAACCGUCCCUACUACUUCAACCGAUUCACCAACCAGUCCCUGUGGGAGAUGCCUGUGCUGGGCCAGCAUGACGUGAUUUCGGACCCUUUGGGGCUGAAUGCGACCCCACUGCCCCAAGACUCAAGCUUGGUGGAAACCCCCCCGGCUGAGAACAAGCCCCGAAAGCGGCAGCUCUCGGAAGAGCAGCCAAGCGGCAAUGGUGUGAAGAAGCCCAAGAUUGAAAUCCCCGUGACACCCACAGGCCCAUCAGUGCCUAGCUCCCCCAGUAUCCCAGGAACCCCAACGCUGAAGAUGUGGGGGACAUCCCCCGAAGAUAAACAGCAGGCAGCUUUCCUCCGACCCACCGAGGUGUACUGGGAUCUGGACAUCCAGACCAACGCUGUCAUCAAGCACCGAGGGCCUUCAGAGGUGCUGCCCCCACACCCCGAGGUGGAGCUGCUUCGCUCCCAGCUUAUCCUCAAGCUUCGGCAGCACUACCGGGAGCUGUGCCAGCAGCGAGAGGGCAUCGAGCCCCCUCGAGAAUCUUUCAAUCGCUGGAUGCUGGAGCGCAAGGUCGUGGAUAAAGGUUCUGACCCCCUGUUGCCAAGCAACUGUGAACCGGUCGUGUCACCUUCCAUGUUUCGUGAAAUCAUGAAUGACAUUCCCAUCAGGUUAUCCCGAAUCAAGUUCCGGGAGGAAGCCAAGCGUCUGCUCUUUAAAUACGCAGAGGCCGCGAGGCGGCUCAUUGAAUCCAGGAGUGCGUCCCCCGACAGCAGGAAGGUGGUCAAAUGGAACGUGGAGGACACCUUCAGCUGGCUGCGGAAGGACCACUCAGCCUCCAAGGAGGACUACAUGGACCGUCUGGAGCACCUGCGAAGGCAGUGCGGCCCCCAUGUGUCCGCCGCGGCCAAGGACUCCGUGGAGGGCAUCUGUAGUAAGAUCUACCACAUUUCCCUGGAGUAUGUCAAGCGGAUCCGUGAGAAGCACCUUGCCAUCCUCAAAGAAAACAACAUCCCAGAGGAGGUGGAGGCCCCAGGAGUGGAGCCCCGCCUGGUGUACUGCUACCCAGUGCGGCUGGCCGUGUCCGCGCCCCCUAUGCCCAGCGUGGAGAUGCAUAUGGAGAAUAACGUGGUCUGCAUCCGGUAUAAGGGAGAGAUGGUCAAGGUCAGCCGCAACUACUUCAGCAAGCUGUGGCUGCUUUACCGCUACAGCUGCAUUGACGACGCCGCCUUUGAGAGGUUCCUGCCCCGCGUCUGGUGUCUCCUCCGCCGGUACCAGAUGAUGUUUGGCGUGGGCCUCUACGAGGGGACAGGCCUGCAGGGAUCGCUGCCCGUGCACGUCUUUGAGGCCCUCCACCGGCUCUUCGGCGUCAGCUUUGAGUGCUUCGCCUCGCCGCUCAACUGCUACUUCCGCCAGUACUGCUCCGCCUUCCCGGACACGGACGGCUACUUUGGCUCCCGCGGGCCCUGUCUGGAUUUCUCCCCGCUGAGUGGCUCCUUUGAGGCCAACCCUCCGUUCUGCGAGGAGCUCAUGGAUGCCAUGGUCUCUCACUUUGAGAAACUGCUCGAGAGCUCACCAGAGCCCCUGUCCUUCAUCGUGUUCAUCCCCGAGUGGCGAGAACCCCCCACGCCGGCGCUCACCCGCAUGGAGCAGAGCCGCUUCAAACGCCACCAGCUGGUCCUGCCUGCCUUCGAGCACGAGUACCGCAGUGGCUCCCAGCACGUCUGCAAGAAGGAAGAAAUGCACUACAAGGCUGUCCACAACACGGCCGUGCUCUUCCUACAGAACGACCCUGGUUUUGCCAAGUGGGGGCCGACGCCAGAGCGGCUGCAGGAGCUGAGUACCGCCUACCGGCAGUCAGGGCGCAGCCACGGCUCUGGCUCCUCCGCUUCCUGCUCAGAGAACAAGGACCGGGACUCGGGUCGCGAACAGGGCCCUAGCCGCGAGCCUCACCCCACUUAACACAUCCUGCGGGGAGGAGGAGCCCCAGGGCGCUGGUGUGGACUGCUGGGACUCGGGCCUCUUGGGGCUGAGCAGACCCCAGGACCCUCCCCCUGAGGUGGCAGCAGGACUCAGGCUGCCAGUGUCAUAGGAAGAUGAUGCCUCUGCCAGGGCUCCCCCUCCCUGCCCGAUCCCCCAACUCCUCACCUCAAACUCACUCCAUCUCCCAUGUAAAUAGGUCCCAUCCCUUCCCCGUCCUCCCCCAAUCCCUACUAUCUUAUCACCAUCAUUUCAUUUGUAAAAGGAAAUACAGAAACCCCC